CAAUACGAACAGUUAAUGGAAAAGAUUAUAAAGCACAAUCUGUCAAAGUUAGACAAGUAAUUAAUGGAAAAUUUAAACAACUUGCAAGGCAGGGAUUAGGUAAACAAAGAGCUGCUUUUCCUUUAAGUGAAAGUGAAGUUGCUAUGAUUUUUAAACAUCCUCAUUUGGAUAAAUUUACACCAGAAGGGUUAUUAUAUCGUGAUUACGAUGAUUAUUUCAAAAAAAGACCAGUUGACGCUGAUUUGCA